AUCAACCAUCGCACCCUUAAAACAAAAUGGAUGUUGCAGAGAACAUUCCACGGAAGCGAGCACGAACGGAAGAGGAAACAGAGGAGCGUCGAGGAACACCUCAAAAUGGCGAAACUAGAUCCGAUUCAAGCGCUGCAAACAAAGACACAACACACGUUCGCACUUCCCAAAACCUUUCCGUAUAUCCCAAUUCUGUUUCCCGACUUGAACCAAGCAUAUUUGGAAAAAAGCCCGAAGAAGAUAUUGUUUUGACUGUGUCAAAUUUUAUCUGGCGAAACAUUAGUGGGGGGAAAAGUGGGGCUCACCUCGAGAUAGAAGGGAAACUCGGAUUGAUUAUUGAUAAGGAAACCGGCGAUCGGAUACGAUUGCCAGUGUCCUCCGAAACCGUCAUCAUCAAUAAUGGACAAUUCCGAUUUGACUCGAAUAUGACGAUGGCUCAGCACGCCCACUUCAACCGUAUAUUAAACGCCGUGGUGCAAAGACCAGGAUCAAGGACUCGCUAUGUACAUACCAAGGAGGUCGAUCAUUACUACCAGCAAGGAUCACAGAAGAUUCGAGUCUCAGCAGAUCAGAAAAGUGGUCAGGUUAAGGAAGUGCUAACUAAGCAACGAAUAGCAGAUUUGGAAGUUCAUCUCCCCAAUUCCCACUUGGACUUCAGAAUAUCUAUCAGUCUUGAAAUACCCGCUCAAAGACCUCCAAAAGAUUCACACUCAAAAUUCAGACGGCAAAAAGAUAGGUUGUCAUAUUCGCAUGAGGCCUUUCGAGUUGACCUUACCCAAGUACGGCAAUACAAUGAUCGCGAUAUGGAGAUAGAUGUAUCGCACGAGGUCGAAGUCGAAUUCAUACGGGCGACAGAGUUGCUGGUGGAAAAAGAGAAACGGCAGAAACAACAGCAAAACAACUUUGCUGACUAUGUUGACAUUUUUCUCAAUAAUCUCCGGUACUUGAGCCGGAAAGCUAUACCCCAUAAUGUGGGGUGACUCGUGGGAAAGAUAAUAUAUAAUUCCUACGUGGAAUUUCUAUUUACAAGCACA